AUGGCGCCCAGAGUGCCCAAGUCGGGAGUCUGGUGCCCUGCGGUGACUUUCUUCGACCCGGACACCGACAGACUCGACCUCGCCAGCCAAAAGCAAUAUUACAGCUACCUGUGCCGGUCAGGGUUGGCCGGGCUCGUCAUCCUCGGCACAAACGCAGAGGCAUUCCUCCUCACGCGCGAAGAGCGCGCACAACUCAUCGCCGCAGCAAGGGAUGCUGUCGGGCACGACUUCCCCCUCAUGGCGGGGGUGGGGGCGCAUUCGACGCGCCAAGUGCUUGAGCAUAUCCGCGACGCAGCGGAUGCGGGUGCGGAUUACGUUCUGGUUCUGCCGCCCGCCUACUUUGGCAAGGCUACGACAACGUCAGUGAUCCAGUCUUUUUUCACGGAUGUCGCUGCGAAGUCGCCGCUGCCAGUCGUCAUAUACAAUUUCCCCGGGGUGUGCAAUGGCAUAGACCUGGAUUCCGAUCUGAUCACGACUCUGGCGAGAGAGAAUGAGAAUAUAGUCGGUGUGAAGCUCACCUGUGCCAGCGUAGGGAAGAUAACGCGGCUGGCCGCAUCCUUGUCGCCGGACAGGUUUGCGGUGUUUGGUGGGCAGUCGGAUUUCUUGAUCGGAGGGCUCAGUGUAGGAUCUGCGGGGUGCAUCGCGGCGUUUGCGAAUGUGUUUCCCAAGACGAUAUCGAGAAUAUUUGAUUUGUAUAAAGCAGGGGAUGUGCAGGAGGCCUUGCGGCUGCAUAGGAUUGCUGCCCUGGCGGAGUCGCCGUGCAAAUCCGGGAUCGCAUCAACCAAAUACGCGGCCGCAAUUUUCUCGGCUAAGAAGGCGGGUAUUCAGGGGGCGGAGGAGAAGUUGAGGCCUCGACGGCCCUACGAGCCGCCGUCUGAAGCAGCGAAGAAGAUUGUCAGGACCGUCAUGGCGGAGGUCGCGGCCAAUGAGGAUGGGUUGUUAUCCUCCCGCGUGUCACACGUGGGGGAUGCGCCGGAAGCCACCCGCGACGAGGACAGGGCACGAAGCAACGAAAUCAAUAUUAUCGACGUGCAUAUAGGAAGGCGGUAUUUCUGGUACGGGCCGAUACGCAUUGCCAAACAGCAGCAGCAACAAUCACCCAGCACAUUACCCAGCACAUUACCCAGCACAUUACCCAGCACAAACACCCAGCAAGUACACAGCAAGUACACAGCAAGUACCCAGCAAGUACCCAGCACAUUACCCACCCAGCACCUACCUCGUACCCAGUGCAGCAACGUACCCAGCACCCAACCCCCCCGUACCCAAUACCCAGCACACCCUGUACCUAAUACCCAGCACACCCCGUACCCACCAACGCCCAACACGCACCCCGCCCAACCGCCCAACCGCCCACCGCCCAAACCGCCCAUGCCCACGCCCACGCACCGGCCGCCCGCCCGCCCGCCGCCCCGCGACAAGGAACUCCGACGGCCGACGUCGUAUGAUGCUAUUUUUGCAGCCAGCCGGUGCAUGUCGUCAACAUUCGCUCCCGGACUCCACUCGUACCUUGGUGUUCAAACCAUCUCAUCACCCAACCGCGCUUGA